AGCCGCCACCGUGUUAUGGGCGUGCGCAACUGCCUCGACGGCAAUAAUAUGUCAGGACAACGCAAUAUCCCCCUUGAACUCGGGGAACAGCCCGAGCAACCACCUUUGGAGGCCCCAGGGGCAGCUGCCCCCGGUGCUGGGCCUGGCGCAGCCGAAGAGAUGGAGACCCCACCGCCUCACAGCGAGCCCGUCCCCGUCGAGAUUGAAGGUGAGGCCUGUGGACCCCCAGAAGUCUCCAGGCCCAAGUUCCAGGGCCUCAGCCAGGCCAUCAAGGAAGCCGGAGCCCAUGGAGGCUACAGCCCACCUCCUGAAGAAGCCAUGCCCUUCGAGGUCGAGCAGUCCAGCUUGGGAGGCUUCUGGCCUACCCUGGAGCACCCUGGAGACACCACUGGGGCCCAUGCAGGCCUUGAAGCCUUCAGCCCACCGAUCGUGGAGCCCGGAGCCUUCGGUGAGGCCAGGCCAAGCCUGGGAAGCUACAGCCCUCCUCCCGAAGAAGCUAUGCCCUUUGAGUUUGAGCAGCCUGCCCAGGGAGGCUGCAACCAACCUCUCUUGCAGGUCUCAGACCUCGCUCCAGGAGGCCCAGGUGCGGGGGUCUUCAGGGCUCCUCCCGAGGAGCCCCGAGCCCUCAGACCUGCAAACGCAGGCUUCAGAGGAGGAUGCAGCCCUCCCCCUGAGGAGGACAUGCCAUUUGAGUUUGAUGGAGCAGCCUUUGGGGACGACAGCCCACCCCCUGGGCUCCCCCGAGCUAUCCCACAAAUCGACGGCCUUGGCGGCAACCAGAUCGCGGCAGUCGCGGCCCCGAGUGCGGUCCUCCUCGCUCCCGCCGCGAACGAGCCCCCCCUCUGGGUCCCAGGCAUCAUCGGCAGCCCAUCUCGAGAGGCUGUCAGACCUCCUCCACACUUCGCGGGCGACAGCCCCCCGAUGGAGAUCUCCGGACCCCCGCGCGAGAUUGGCAGCGCCCCCGUUGGGGUCGACGACGCUCCCGUCAACGUGGACAGCCCCCCAAUCGCGCUUGACGGCCCGCCCAUCGAGGUCUCCCGAGCCCCAGUUAAGAGAGAGCAAGCAGAGGGAGAGAGACCCCCAGUUGAGGGAGAAGCAGCCGAGAUGGAAGGAGGCUCAGCCACCGCUGCCGCGGAGAGAGGCAAAGUCCCCGAUCCCGGAGACGGAGCCCCUGCCGCCGGAGCAGCGCCUGACGCUCCAGCCGCCGGGGCAGCCCGUGCCGCCCCUGAUGCUCCUGCCGCCCGGGCAGCUCCUGUCGCCCGGGCCGCUCCUGUCGCCCGGGCCGCCCCUGUCGCCCGGGCCACCCCUGUCGCCCGGACCGCUCCCGCCGCCUGGGCAACCCCAGCCUCUGGAGCGCGACCCAAGAUCAGUUUCCUCAGACCCCCCAGCCCCGAGAUCCAGGCUGCCGAUCCGCCUCCUCCGCGGCCUCCGCGCGCGUAUGCCUGGCGGGGCAGGUCUGAGCGCAGCUGCUACCGCGGCGACGACGACGACGACAUGUCGGCCAGCAGCGACAGCGGAGACGAAUCCGACGACGGGACCUUCGGAUGGCGCCGCUGGUUUCGGUCCAGGCGAAACCGCCGCCGCCGAAAGAGCCGGCGCAACUUGCUCCGCAACUUCCUCGUUCAGGCCUUCGGAGGCUGCUUCUGCCGAUCCGAGAGCCCCCAGGCCAGAGGCUCCCUCAGCCCCAAGGUCAAGAAGGUUGCCCUGGCGGAGAAGCGCAGACAGACCCGCAAGGAAAGCAUGGAGAAGCGCGCCCAGAAGCGCGCCGAGAAGAAACGCGGCAAGCUCAUCGACAGGCAGCUCCAGGACGAGAAGAUGGACUACAUGUGUACGCACCGCCUGCUGCUUCUAGGUGCUGGAGAAUCUGGUAAAAGCACCAUCGUGAAGCAAAUGAGGAUCCUGCAUGUUAAUGGGUUUAAUGGAGAGGGCGGCGAAGAGGACCCGCAGGCUGCAAGGAGCAACAGCGAUGGUAGUGAGAAGGCCACCAAAGUGCAGGACAUCAAAAACAACCUGAAAGAGGCCAUUGAAACCAUCGUGGCCGCCAUGAGCAACCUGGUGCCCCCCGUGGAGCUGGCCAACCCCGAGAACCAGUUCAGAGUGGACUACAUUCUGAGCGUGAUGAACGUGCCAGACUUUGAUUUCCCUCCCGAAUUCUACGAGCACGCCAAGGCUCUGUGGGAGGACGAGGGGGUGCGUGCCUGCUACGAGCGCUCCAACGAGUACCAGCUCAUUGACUGCGCGCAGUACUUCCUGGACAAGAUUGACGUCAUCAAGCAGGCUGACUAUGUGCCCAGCGACCAGGACCUGCUGCGCUGCCGCGUCCUGACUUCUGGAAUCUUUGAGACCAAGUUCCAGGUGGAUAAAGUCAACUUCCACAUGUUUGACGUGGGCGGCCAGCGUGAUGAACGCCGCAAAUGGAUCCAGUGCUUCAAUGAUGUGACUGCCAUCAUCUUUGUGGUUGCCAGCAGCAGCUACAACAUGGUCAUCCGGGAAGACAACCAGACCAACCGCCUGCAGGAGGCCCUGAACCUCUUCAAGAGCAUCUGGAACAACAGAUGGCUGCGCACCAUCUCUGUGAUUCUGUUCCUCAACAAGCAAGAUCUGCUCGCUGAGAAAGUCCUUGCUGGAAAAUCGAAGAUUGAGGACUACUUUCCAGAAUUUGCUCGCUACACUACUCCUGAGGAUGCGACUCCCGAGCCCGGAGAGGACCCACGCGUGACCCGGGCCAAGUACUUCAUUCGAGAUGAAUUUCUGAGAAUCAGCACUGCUAGUGGAGACGGGCGCCACUAUUGCUACCCUCACUUCACCUGCGCUGUGGACACAGAGAACAUUCGCCGUGUGUUCAACGACUGCCGUGACAUCAUCCAGCGCAUGCACCUCCGUCAGUAUGAGCUGCUCUAAGAAGGGAACUUCCAAAUUUAAUUAAGGCCUUAAGCACAAUUAAUUAAAAGUGAAACGUAAUUGUACACGCAGUUGAUCACCCACCAUAGGGCAUGAUUAACAAAGCAACCUUUCCUUUCCCUCAAGUGAUUUUGCGAAACCCCCUUUACCCUUCAGCUUGCUUAAAUAUUCCAAAUUUAGAAAGCUUAAGGCGGCCUACAGAAAAAGAUAAAGGAAAAAAAGGCCACAAACGUUCCCUCUCUCUUUAAGUAAGUAAAAUAACAGCAGCAAACAGAAAUAAAGAAAUAAAAGAAUAAAUGACAUAAAUGAAACAAAUGAAAUAAAUAUUGUGUUGUGCAGCAUUAAAAAAAAUCAAAAUAAAAAUUAAAUGUGAGCAAAG